AUGAAUGAGCGGGUGUGUGUUUCAAAGCAAUUUUCUUAUCCUGAGAUGGAAAAGCAGCAGAAGCCUAUUUUCAGAGCAUGUGAACCUACCACAAAUGUCAUGUUCCUCAAGACACACAAAACUGCCAGCAGCACUGUCCUCAACAUCCUCUUCCGUUUCUCAGAGAAGCACAACCUCACUGUGGCUCUUCCAAAUGGCAAUGGCUUCCACCUGGGCUACCCUCAGCUCUUCAGGGCAACAUUUGUUGAGGAAUUCAAAACAAUUGGACAAAACUUCAAUAUCAUGUGCAACCACUUGAGGUUUAAUGCCCAAGAGGUGAGAAGAGUAAUGCCAAAUGAUACCUUCUAUUUUUCUAUCCUGAGAGACCCAGCUCCAUUGCUGGAAUCUUCAUAUGUUUAUUACAAAGAUGCUGCACCAGCUUUUAGAAAUUCCAAGAAUGUGAAUGAGUUUCUUUCAUCCCCAAGGUCUUACUACAAUCUGAGUGAAAAGAACUGGAACAUCUAUGCCAAAAACAACAUGUGGUUUGACUUAGGCUAUGACAACAAUGCAGUGUAUGAUGAGCACUACAUACAGUCUGUAAUACAGGAUAUUGAACAGAAUUUCCAUCUGAUGCUAAUUGCUGACUACUUUGAUGAGUCCAUGAUCCUCCUGAAGGAUACUUUAUGCUGGCAUUUGGACGAUGUGGUUUAUUUCAAGUUGAAUGCCAGGAGCCAAAACACGAUUCAUACUUUGAAUCCCGAAAGCAAAGAAAAGGUGAAAGAAUGGUGCGAUUUGGACUGGAAACUUUACAAGCACUUCAAUGACACUUUCUGGAGUAAGAUCCAGGAGAGGAUGGAUCUCAAGACUUUGUACAAGGAAGUUGACCUUCUGCAGCAGAGACAGAAGGAACUGAUGGAAAUGUGCCUCUUAGAGGAUACUGCAAUUGAGGGAAACAAAAUCAAAGAUGAGCGUCUGAAGCCUUUCCAGUCAGGGUCGGCUAAAAUAUUGGGCUAUAACCUCAAACAAGAUUUGGACAAUGGGACCCUGAAGGUCUGCAAAAAGAUGGUCAUGCCUGAGCUUCAAUUUAUGGCAUAUAUGUACAGUCACCAGUUCCCAGACAAGAAGAAAAAACCCAUACAUUUUAGAUAA